UUUAAACUGGACAUUCAGAUCAAUUGCUUUUGAGUUCAUGAGAUCAAGUGAGACUGUUAGUAGGUAUUUCCAUCUUGUUUUAGACGCUCUCUGUAUCCUUGCCGGUGACCUCAUAUGCAUCAAAUCAGUUGAGACACACUCGAAGAUCACAACUUCCCCUGGCAGAUUUCACCCGUAUUUUGAGGGAUGCAUAGGAGCCCUGGAUGGUACACAUAUACCAGCGUGUGUACCUAUCCACAUGCAAGAUCGGUUUAGGGGUAGAAAGUCCUUUACCAGCCAAAAUGUGCUAGCAGCGGUCGAUUUUGACCUAAGAUUCAUCUAUGUUCUUGCUGGAUGGGAGGGCUCUGCCCAUGAUUCUUAUGUGCUUCAAGAUGCUCUAUCACGUCCUAAUGGGCUAAAAAUACCUGAAGGUAAAUAUUUCCUAGCCGACGCUGGAUAUGCAGCAAGACCUGGUGUAUUACCCCCAUUCCGUUCUACUCGCUAUCACCUUAAAGAGUACAGGGGCACUAGGGAACCAGAGAACCCAAAGGAAUUAUUCAACCUUCGCCAUUCACAACUCAGAACAACUGUUGAACGUGCAUUUGGUACCCUGAAGAACCGUUUCAAAAUAUUUGCAAGCCAGCCAUUCUUCCCUUUGAAAACACAAGUGAAAAUUGUGAUGGCAUGUUGUGCGCUGCACAACUGGAUUUUAGAAGAUGGACCUGAUGAGUACGUGUAUGAUGACCUUGCGUGGUAUGCAGCCCUGCCAAGGAGUAUAAGAAACCGUAGUGACCAGUACCAGGAAAAUGUGGCAUGGGCAAACAAAAGAGAAGAGAUGGCAAGAACGAUGUGGGAAGAUAAAGUAGGACCACCUCUGUGAUGAUUUCUUGUUUGUAUGCAACACAUGCAUGUGAUGCUUUUAUAAUUUCUUUUGUAUGAAACACAUGAGUGUGAUGCUUUAAUUAUUAUGAUAAUGUACUUGAAGUUUAUAAUUUCUUUUUUUAUGAAAUAUAUGAGUUUUUAUCC